AUGACAACAGAACGACAAAAUGAAAAAUUUGAGUUCGAAUUGGCUGAAUGUUCACAAAAUUUUCAUGAUCUAGUCAUAGUUAUCAAUAUUAUUGAAGCGUUAAUCGAUAAAAGUAAACAUACACAAUAUCCUAAACAAUUCAUAGAACAAACAUAUGAUAUUUUGAGUGAAAAUCCCAAAUAUACCUCAGAUGAUUUUCAAAAAUCAAAUACACUUUUCGAUACAUUGGCUGAUCUACAAUUGAUUAAAUUGAUGAAUGAACACCCAUCAAUGAAUAAUUCAUUUAAUCAAUUCAUCUCUAAUUUACCGACUGAAUCAACACAGAAUUCGACAUUUUAUAAAAAUUAUCCAGCACUAAUAAAUAUUCCAGCUAAAUUUAUACAAGUUCGAGCUAAAUUUUUCUAUCAAUUUAACAUAUUUGUCGAAAAAACUGUAUCAAUGCUUGAUUUUAGUUUAUUGCCAAAUCAAAGUAUUCUAGUAGAUUAUAUUAGAAUCGCUAAGAUUUAUCUAUUAGAAAAAAGAAAACUCCAAUGGCUUAAACAAUCCUUAACACAAACUGAAAUUCAUGCUAUUAUUGAACCACCUGAAGUCACAUUUGACACUAUUGAAGCUAGUAUUAAUGGUAAUGAAGGUGAGAGUACGAUGUUCAGUCAAGCAUUUCAACAGUUACAUGAAAACGCUCAUAUCCUAUUUCGACAUAGCAAUGAACGUUUAUGGCGAGCACAAUAUCUUGAAAUGCAUAGUACUGAUCAAGGUGGACCUUAUCGAGAUUCCAUAACAGCUAUUUGUUCGGAUAUAUGUAGUACACGCUUACCAUUAUUUAUUUUAUGUCCAAAUGGACAAAUGAAUAAUGGAUUAAAUCGUGAUUGUUGGAUACCAAAUGUUUUUCCACCACAUGAACCUAUUUCAAAUAAAUUUAAAAAACAAUAUCAAUUCAUUGGACAAUUAAUGGGUAUGGCUUUUAGAAAAAAACAUUAUUUGAAUUUAAAAUUUGCAAACUUAUUAUGGAAACAAUUAGUAGGAGAACCAAUAACUAUGAAAGAUAUUGAAGCAAUUGAUAUUCAAUGCGGUGUUAUUACUAAAGAAAUGGAAAUAAAUAUUGAACAGAAUAAAUCGAUUAACAUUGAUAGUGAUAUGAAUUAUCUAUUUAGUAGUGUUCUGAGUGAGCUUUGUUUUGAUGUUAUCAGUUCAUCAGGACAAACCUAUGAACUUAUUCCUGGUGGUCAAGAUAUUCCGGUUACUACUAAAAAUUUAACAGAAUACUGUACACAUUAUCGUGAAUAUCGUUUAAAUGAAUUUCAUCGACAAAUCGAAUAUAUUCGACAAGGUUUAUGUAGUGUUAUUCCAAGUGACUUUUUAACAUUGUUUACAGCUGAUGAACUUGAAGUAGCCAUAUGUGGAAAAGGUCAUAUUGAUGUAUUACUACUGAAACGAAAUACAAUUUACAACGGUCGAUAUAAUGAAAAUUCACCACAUAUUCAACGAUUUUGGAUAGUUCUGAAUGAUAUGUUUGAUGAAGAACAAAAGAAAUUAUUUUUAAUAUUCGUUUGGGGAAGAAGUACUUUACCAAGAGAUGAUAGAGAAUUUACAUCGAAAUUUAUAAUUCAAACAAUUUUUCCAGAUGCUAAUUAUGAAACGGAUCAAAUGCUUCCAAGAGCACAUACAUGUUUUUUCAUUCUUGAUUUACCUGAAUAUUCAACGACUGAAAUUAUGUAUGAACGUUUGAAUUAUGCUAUAACGAAUUGUUCGAGUAUUGAUGCGGAUGGUAUGAUAGACGAUGUCCUGAAUCCAGCAAAUCAAAUCGAUAAUACAGAUCUUAUUGAACAGCUACCAAUAGUUCUUACAACACUUCUCGAUCAGAAUCAUCUUUUAAUUUAA